CUUUUCCUUUCAGCCCCGCAGUAGUCACCACACGUACAGCUGGCUGUUCAACACCAUGUUCCGAGCCGCUCUUCGACUUUCAGUCUCCGGUGCCCGGAGUUUAACACGAUCGCCACCACAGUAUGCAGCUCCUCUAGCUGCCCGCUGCUACUCACAUGGCAAACAGGAGACUGAUGAGGAGUUUGAUGCCCGCUGGAUCACCUAUUUCAAUAAACCAGACAUCGAUGCUUGGGAGCUGAGGAAAGGCAUGAACACUCUGAUUGGUUAUGACUUGGUACCAGAGCCAAAAAUCCUUGAUGCAGCCCUGAGAGCUUGUCGGAGGUUAAACGAUUUGGCCAGUGCUAUUCGCAUUCUUGAGGCUGUCAAGGACAAAUCUGGCCCACACAAAGAUAUCUACCCUUACGUAAUACAGGAACUUCGACCAACCCUUACCGAGCUGGGUAUCCCCACACCUGAAGAACUUGGCAUUGACAAAGUAUAGACGUCCACUAUACAGGAAGUCAUCCGCAGGACUGCUAACAUUGUUGGGACUGAGUGGUCCACUGUAACCGAAGUCUCUGCCUCAUGUCAUUAUAUUUGUGUAAUAUUUAAUUGGCCUUUAUUAUGUUCUUUUGCUUGUAAAAUAUUGAUGAACCUAAUAAAGGGAGAUAUAUCUUUACUGAU